GAAGAAACGGAACUGAUAGACAAGUACGAUGCGUCCCAGAUCGCUCCUUGUUGCCUACAUAGUGCGCAAUGAUAGUACUGAAACCUAGUCUUAUACACAGAGACAGUUUAAUAUUAGUUCUGAAAUAGAGAAAUAUCUAUCCACCUGUGGGUUUAUCUUAAAUGGCUGUUAUUAUUAUACUCAGUUUGUGCUCAGGAGCCAUUAUAUUAUUACUAAUGCAUAAUAAUCAUUUGUGCACUAAGUAGGGAGCAAGGAGCCGAAUGGGAUUGAGCCGAGCACGAAACGACACAGAAAUAUUUAGACACAAGUAAUAGCACAUUUUCAUAAUAAUAGGAUAGAUCAUAAAUCUGUGCAGACUUAAAAAACGUCUUAUUCCACCUAAAACUGUGUUACUGUGAAGUUUAGAUAUUUGUUUUAAUGUAAAUCGGGUCCACGCUGACGUGUUACGUCAGUCUCUAUGGUGACGGUCUCUCUGACAAAACCCAGCAUGCGCAGGCGAGGGCGCGCAGUGCUAGCCUCAGCUACAAUGGCCGACUCGGACCGCUAAAUCAAAGGGCGGUGGACGGUGCUGAAAUCCACCAACAUCGCCCUAAACAUUGGCCUUGUUUUCCUUUAAGAGCUGCUAAAAUAAACUGGAAUAAAUUCUGUUCACGAAUAUAUGAUUAUUUCCGACAAAUAUCCAAAACUUGAUAGAGAUUACAGAGUCUAUUAAAAGAGAGAGACAAGCGAACAUGUAAACAGAAACUAACCGGCUUUUAAGUUUUGGCUUUUCAGUUUGCAACAAAAUACAGUCCCAUUCAUCAUGGACUUUAUUUGUUUCUGAUUUUAAAAGAUCGUUUGUUGAAGGAGACGAGCACCUGUCUAAAAAAAGACCUGGUGCUCACUCAAAAAGGAGACUUUUCGUCUUUUUUUUAUUUUUUGAGAAAGAAGCUAGCUUGCUUGCUAGCUUAGCUUAGCUGGCUAGCUAGCUAAACAGACGAGGAGAAAAGUACGCAGUGUUCUGAUCUUUUUCUUUCUUUUUUUCGCUAGCUGCGAGAAACACGAUAUAUUAGAGCUCUAAUAAAUAUAUCUUUCUCAAUUUCAUCGAUUUAAGUUUUUUAUUUUUUGGUUUCAAAAGAGAAACGCAUGCUGCUCCACUUGGCCGGGGAUGAAUUCUGGAUACACCGUGAGCAUAAACUAGGUCCGUGUGGGAGAGAGAGAGAGAGAGAAGGAGAGGGGGCCGUGGCUGGGCUAAGGUAAGUUAUGCCUGGAUCAGACCGCCACCAUGGGACCAAGAGGAAAUCGGACGCGGAGUUCCAGCCCUCAGCCGCCGGCUUAACGAGCAAGGACGGCCGGCAGCAGGCUAAAUCCCCCGCCUCGUCGUCUUCAGCUUCGUCCUCGAAGCACAAGCGCCCAAAGCCGUCCAGACACGGGCGAGAUUCGGCUCCGGAGGCCUCGCUCGCUUCGCUACCCAGCGCCCCGGCUGUGAAGCCUCUGGUGGAGUACGACGACAUAAGCUCGGACUCGGAUACUUUCUUCGACACGCCGACCGCGGCCUCCAGGUCGGCGGAAAGGAGAGAUGGCGAGCGCUUGGAGGUGGACGGUGGUGGUGGAGGAGGGGCUGGGGGAUCCAGAGACACCCGGACUCACAAACACAGGCGCUCCAGGAAGAAAUCCAAAGACCCACACAGGGUGAGGGAGUCGGGGGAGGGGGGGGAAGCUAUGAACAAGAAGAAAAGCAGUAAGGACCGAGAUAGAGGAGGCAGAGAGGCCAAGAGGACGAGCAAAGAGAAGGACAGGGAUAAGCACUCGUCAGCGCUGGGCCUUUCUUCAACAUCUGCGGCCCUGAGGGCUGAAACGGGUGAGGCGGGCUCCGGUAAGCGGGCAGGCGCUGACCCCCUGACCUCUGCAGCGGCCCAGACUGGGAAUGUAGUUGGCAGUGCUUCCUCUUCGGCCUCAUCCGCCCGCAGCAAAGAAAGUGGGCGCUCCUCCUCCAAGUCCCAUAAAGACAAGCAGAGGCGAGAAGGUGGUCGGUCCGAGCACUCGGACAGGGGUCACCACAAAGCCUCCAGAAGCCGCAGGUCCAGUCCCAAAGGGAAGCGCCACAGGACACUCAGCCAAAGCCCCAGUCCCCGGCGCGGGACGGGCAGUGCCCUGUCCCCUGUGGACCUGGAGGACGGCUACUCAUCCAGGUGUAGGGCGGCCAGCCCCAGCCCGUACAGGGAGACGUCCAGGCGGAGCAGACAGAGGUCAGACAGCCCCUACGGCCGUCGGAGGUCCUCCAGCUAUGAGAGGGACGGGAGCCCCUACGGUAACCGUCGCUCGUCCAGCACCAGCCCGGUGUCCAGCAGGCGUUCCAUUCGAUCACGCAGCCGCUCUCCUCUCUACUUGUCCUCUCGCCGAUCCAACUCUCACUCGCGAAAUAAAAAACAUGGGACGGGCGGAAGCUCUUCACACAGCAGCCGACCAACCAGCCGCUCCCCAUCCUCAUCUCGCCUACCCAUCACGUCAAGCCUGGGGGCGGAGCUUACGCGCAGGAAGAAGGAGCGCCAGGCAGCUGCAGCCCGCAGCUCUUCAGCAUCUCAGCAGACGAAUACAGUGCCGCCUUCACAACCCCCAGAGCCACAGGCAGAGCCAGAGAAAACCCUGCCCCCUGAGCCCCAAAGACUGCCUAUUAAUGCCCAGAAUACAGCUCCAGUGGAGGAAGCCCAUGUAGCUCCACCCCCUCUCCCCAUUCCAUCGCCUCCUCCCCCUCUGCCUCUUUAUUCUCCUCCUCCUCUGCCUCUAAAUUCCCCUCCGCCUCUCCCUCUGAAUUCUCCUCCACCUCUCCCUCUCUCCUCUCCUCCUCCUUCCUUACCUUUGGCGCCUCAGGUAUCUUUUGCUUCUGAUAAGUCUAAGAGCCCCGCCCACAAAAACAUGCAGAGCUCAGCAGCCCAGCCAAUCAAAACCUCUACACUGCCCCCUCUUCCCUUGCCACCUGUACUACUGGGAGACUGCAGGGACAGUGGUCAUCCUCCCACAGGACCACCACAGAGCAGUCCGAAGAAGACCAUUUCAAGUCACAGGUCCUCGAGGAAAGAGCGAGAGAGGGAGAGAGAAAGGGAUAAGGAGAAGGAAGUUAGGCCACGCCUUCUCAGUGACCUGCCUCUUCCCCCUUUACUUGCUGGGGGAGACCCCUCUCCUCCUCCAUCUCCUGUGCAGGAAGCCCCACCUCCUGUACAGUCUACCUAUAAGAAGAGACCAAAGUUCUGCUCCCCACGCUUUGGGGAAAGGAGGCAGACUCAGAUUGACUGGGGAAAACGCUGUGUGGACAAGUUUGACAUCAUUGGCAUCAUAGGCGAGGGCACCUACGGCCAGGUGUAUAAAGCAAAGGACAAGGACACAGGAGAGCUGGUGGCCUUGAAGAAGGUACGGCUGGAUAACGAGAAGGAAGGUUUCCCUAUCACAGCUAUCAGAGAAAUAAAGAUCCUUAGGCAGCUGAACCAUCGCAGCGUUGUCAAUAUGAAGGAGAUUGUCACGGACAAGCAGGAUGCGCUGGACUUCAAAAAGGACAAAGGUGCGUUUUACUUGGUGUUUGAGUACAUGGACCACGACCUGAUGGGCCUGUUGGAGUCUGGGCUGGUGUCAUUCUCACAGGAGCAUAUCCGGAGCUUCAUGCGGCAGCUGAUGGAAGGCCUGGACUAUUGCCAUAAGAAAAACUUUCUGCAUAGAGAUAUCAAAUGUUCCAACAUCCUGCUGAACAACAGUGGCCAGAUAAAGCUAGCAGAUUUUGGCUUGGCGCGUCUUUAUAAUUCAGAAGAAAGCCGGCCGUACACCAAUAAGGUGAUCACACUGUGGUACCGCCCACCAGAGCUUCUGCUGGGGGAAGAAAGAUACUCACCGGCCAUUGAUGUUUGGAGCUGCGGAUGUAUUCUGGGUGAGCUGUUCACUAAGAAACCCAUCUUUCAGGCCAAUCAAGAGCUUCUUCAGCUAGAACUAAUCAGCCGUUUGUGUGGCAGCCCCUGUCCUGCAGUCUGGCCCGAUGUGAUUAAACUUCCCUACUUCAACACCAUGAAACCCAAGAAACAGUACAGACGCAGAUUAAGAGAAGAGUUCUCAUUCCUGCCCACCCCAGCGCUUGACUUGCUAGACCGGAUGCUGACCUUGGACCCCUCUCGGAGGUGUACGGCAGAGCAGGCUCUUGAGAGCCAGUUCCUGUGUGACGUAGAUCCCAGCAAAAUGUCACCUCCAGAUUUGCCUCACUGGCAGGACUGUCACGAGUUGUGGAGUAAGAAGCGUCGACGGCAGAGGCAGAGCGGCGUGUCUGAGGAUGUGCCUAUUACCAAAGUGCCCCAGAAGGAACCCGGAGGAGCUCCCAGCAAAGAGAACUGCCAUCCUCCCCCUAGCCCAACCCCACCACCUGCUUCUGCCCAUCCACCCUCCAUCUCCACUACAGAUCUUGCAGGUCUCGGAGCCGAACAGUUAAAUCAGACAGAGCUGGCGGUUCUGCUGAACCUCCUGCAGGGUCAGACGGACCGACUUUCUCUUCCUCAGAUGGCCGAGCAGAUCCUGAGCUCUUGCUCCGAAGGCUCCUCCUCUACUCUCCCUUCCACGGCCCCGGCUGCCUCCACGCCCGAUCCAGAGUCGACGCAGCAGCUGGAGUUACUCAGCCAGACGCUGUCCUCUCUUGUGCAGAGCUCGUCUAACCCCCAGCCUGUGGAGGCCACCUCAGACGACCACACUGCUCUACUGUCACUUUUACUGAGCCAGAUCAUUAAAGCCCAGCCUCCAGAUGCGGGACAGGCAGACGAAAGCAACGGCGUCCAAUCAGACGAGGCGGUCACACAAAGCAACUCCGCCUCAAUUUCCAGCAGCGAUGUCAAGGGUACAGCUUUAUCAAAUGAAAAGUCGAUCGCCCAGAACUCCGCGCUGACCCUCGACCUCCCGGCCCUGGCCGCCACCCCGUCACACUCCGAAGACAUCGGCACGGAUGUGGCAGCCGCACUUCUCCAGCUGAUUUCCCAGCAUGCCUCUGACAGUAAGGCCUCCUUGGCUGACCUGCCGCCUUCUUCCUCCACCUCUUCCUCCCCUCCGCCUCCUUCACUCGGCCAGCCGGAGCCUCAGGCUAACGCUCAGUACCCGCGGGACCAGGACCACCGCUUUAGCCGGGACUCCUGCAGGGAGAGCUCACAUGACAGCCACUCAGCAGCCGAGUCAUAAACAAGGACUGACCUCUAGCAUCUGUGUCACUGCUGGAGCAAUCUGACGGACAAUGGCGUGAUUUUAUCUGUCAUAGCAAGACCUCACAACUCCAUUUAUUAUUUUUGUUUGAUUUUAUUUUUGUUUGUCGCUCUUGCGUGAACAUUUCAUAAAGAACGGACUGAUAAAAAUAAUCCAAAAUUACUUGGAACAAAAUCUUGCGACAUUAAAGGAAUGUGCUUUGGUGAAAAGUCAGAUUUGCACAAUCUUCCACUUAACCCAAAUGUGGUCAGUCAGAAAAGACCUGCUUGAUGUCCAAAUUUUGCUUCUGUUUUUUAUCUCUGAUGCUACGAGGCUAAUGUGGCUAACAGUGAAAUCAGUAGACACCCAAAGCUUUUCUGUAAAUAUGCGCACACUAAUUCAGAUUUACUAAAAGUCAUAGGAUAGCAGUAUGUCAUUUGAUCAGGAAGUGUUAUCUCAAAGGAUUGCUUAGGAGCAGUUGUGAGGCUAAAUACUGGUCAAGCUCUUGUCUAAAGCCCUAUCUGGACGGGAUUAGUUUCUCAGGGAGACGUCUGUGAAAAAUAUUUCACACUUCUACUCAGAUAAAACUCUUGCAGUUGAGGACCAGUGAGUUUUAGGCUAUCUCGGUCACAUGACACCUGUUCAGUAGCUCCUCCAUUUCCACUUACGCCCAAAGUGUAAUUACGGUGUGUAGCAGUGGACAAAUAGCUAUUUUAUUAAACGCAAGGUGACGAAACUCAGAGAUGAGCGUCUGACGAGGACCACGGAGUUCGGUGAAAAACAUUAGAUAAUUCAGUCUGUCAUUUUCUUAUAGGAUGUCUGAGAAAAACACAUACAUGGUUGUUCUGGACAGGAAUAAAUUCACAGAGUACUCCCCAUAAAAGAGAAAAUUACCCCAGGACCCCCUGAGAAACUAAUCCCAUCCAGAUAGGGCUAUAGUGACGUGACUUAUCAGAGUUAGAGUAAGGACUAAUAGUACAGUGCCAAUUUCUGAAGUUGUGUGGACAUUUAACAUUCCUCGAUCCACAGCAUCACGUUUGUAUACAUCAGGAAUACGUCAUACAAGGCAUUAAAACAGCAGACAGUGCAUUGGGUGAUAAUGAUUGUGUCUGGCAAUGUCUGGCUGGAACUGUCCAUGCGAACAGAGAAGCAACUCUGGCAGAAAUCACAUCACAAUCAAUGCAGGAGGCCCCACAUGCAUGUUUCGCAGGUCAGUGCAGUGACCUUUAGCUUCCACAGGAAAUGGCAAAAGUCAUGGGACAUAACGUGGCAUGUUAGUGCAGUCACUUGAUGGUUCUAUUUACAAUGGCAGGCAGGUUCAAAGUGCUCAAAGUUUGGUUGUUUUAAGUGUGAAUGAGUCAAGUCUAUUUACUGAAGAACAAAUAUGUGGGCAAACAAUAAAACUUAAAAUUAAACAUUUAUUCAAUUAUGUGCCACAUUUAAUGGUUGUUAAAUUCAGUAAAUAAACUGAAGAUUUUGGGAUUUAUUUGGUACAUAAAGAUCAUUAGUGUGUGGAUUCUCAGCUGAUAUGCCCAAAUCUUCGCAUAUUAUCGCUAUCCAAUAAAAAAACACUAUCAAUAAAAAAAGUAUAAUUUUUGUUGAUUUUUAGUUUACUACAUAAUUUGAACUCUCAAAAUUUCUUAAUAAAUGGAGCAACAGCAAUUUUCAGAAAGUACCUGAAAUUAACACUCUUACAGUCUUUUACAUUUAAAGUUAAUUAGGUUUUAUCCUUCUCCUGUAAAGUUGUUGUUUUGGAGAUAGUCGUUUUUCAUUGGACAGUGAUAAUAUGAUUGUAUAUUGUAACAUAUAUCUUUAGUUAGAAGUUAGAAUUAAAAAUGAUCAUGUAACUAUAAUUAGCAACAACAGAAAUCGAGAACAUGACCAAUGAAAUCCAUCUUCUGCAGACUGAACCACACCCAGCGGUCUCCAGCACCUUACUGUACUGUGGUUUGUGUGAGAGAGAUGUUUGUAUGGUAAUAUUUACAGAAAAUGUUUGAGUGACUAUUAAACAAGCCACAUCUUUGCUGAACAGAUUGUUCUGGGGAAGAGGGAAAAGUUUGUAAAAUGAUUUGAUGAACUGUUACUGUAAUUGGCAUUUAGUGGAUUUUUUUGUUUGUUUUUUGUUUUCCUCCUGUAAAUUUAGCAUUUCUGAACUGUGAGGUUUUGCUAUGACUGCUCUUCAGUGUGUUUGAACUGUUUGUUUACGCUUUGCAUCCAUUUUUUUUCUUUAUGUACAUGCAGAGGAAAAAAAAACGUGAUCCUGUUUUAUUUCUAGAUCUCUUAAAGGAAUAGCUCAUUCAGAAAUAAAAAAAUCUGUUCCUAUAAUUUCUCAGAUAAUUCAUUAACACAGCGUCAUUUACAGUGUCCUCUGCGUCUCCCUCUCUCUCUGUCUUUCUCUCUGAUUCAUGGUUAUUGAUGAGAUGUUAGCGAUGCUGCGGAUGCACACGUGUGUGUAAAUUUCAUUAGUUCUGCAUACAGUAUGAAAUUUACUCGUGUUAUUCUCCUCAGUGACCUUCAUUCAACCCCCCCAGAUCUAAUCUGUGAGCUCUUUAACCUGCAGAACCGGCAGCAGUUUGACCGAGUUCAGUCGGGACUGUGAUCACGCUAAAGGAAACGUGGGAAUAUAGGGAGAGUUAAAAGUCAGUUUUGAAUUGUUGUGUCCAUAUGAAGUGAUCUUUUGUAAAUAAUUUCUUUUUUUCAGAUUAUUAAAGGAAGCUGAGUUCAACCUGA